AGCCGGCAAAGACAGUCGUCUCUGACUGGUAUAUAGUUAUCUGUGGAUAGUCGCGAUUCGCGCUCCAGUCCCGCGAUACGUGAACCGCGUGUGCCUUCCGUUGGUCCCGUUAGUGAUUUUAUCAACAGGACUUAUAAAAAAAGGGUGCCUUCGCAAAGAUGGCGGCGACGAAGUUUUCGCACCCCUUUUUAUAUGGAUUGAAGCCAUUUCCAGAGGGGCAUGAUGAUGAAAUCCAAGAGAUACGGGAAUGGAUGAAGAGCCAGCCGCACCUGCCAUACAUAUCAGAUGAAUUUAUUAUCCUUUUCCUGCACUCAAACUAUUAUAAAGUAAAGGAAACCCAGGACACAAUUGAAUGCUACUUCACUUUACGCUACAAUACCCCAGACCUUUUCUCGAAUCGGGACCCAUUGAUGCCAAAAAAUCAAGUGAUUUUGGAUAUUGCGCAUAUGGCCGCGCUUCCCAAAUUGACACCCGAGGGAUACCACAUCCUCCUAUACAGGCUGGCAGACACAGAUUAUAGCAAAUUGUGCUUCGCAGACGCGGUACGGGUGUUCUGCAUGUUUAAUGACAUAAAGCUGUCUGACGAUAGACUCUCUGAGGGAUAUAUUGUUAUCUUUGACAUGAAGGGAUGCAGUUUGGGACAUCUGACGAGAGUUACGCUGCCUGCGCUUCGCGCUUUUAUGCAAUAUAUUCAAGGCGCCCAUCCAGCUCGUCUAAAGAAGAUUCACGUGGUGCAUACCGUAUCUUUCAUCAACCAAGUGAUGUGUCUGGUCAAACCGCUAAUUCACUCUAACCUCUACAACCUUCUGAACUUCUCGUCUGAAGGACCAGCGUCUGUUGUUGACCUAGAAUACCUGCCAGAAGACUAUGGUGGUCCUUUACGACCUGUAAAGGAUCUACAUGAGGAACAGAGAAGGAGCAUGGAAACCGACUACAGGGAGUGGCUUAUUGAAUCUGAGAUAUUCAAAACAGACGAAAAGAAGCGAAUCAAGAAACCAAGCAGAGGACUGUUCGCAACUUUGACUAGUAGUUUUAAGGGUCUGGAUAUCGAUUAAUCUGUGCAAUGUAUACGUGUUAGAAGGUAGAAGUAAUUGUGAGCGCUUCUUUUUGUUACUGUUUUGUAGGAAUUUGGUUAUGAAUUUAUAAGCGACUGUCAAUAUAACUCUAUACGUAAUCAUAUCUUUUGUAACAUUGUUUUCUUAUUGAAAAAAAAAAUCAAUAAAAUAUUUUGAAUACGUGUGUUAAUGUUUAGAGUUUUUAAAACUUGAUUGUUAAGAUUACCAAGUGCCUUAGCAUUAGAUUAUGUAGAAAUGUAAAAUACGAAUGUAUUCCUGUUAAUAUACGGAAUGUUGUAAUUAAUUCUAAUCUGUUUCUGGUAUCUGCCGAUCAUAACGUAACAUUUUAUAUUAUGCAGGGUCUAGUCUAGGUAUACCUAAUAUUCACAUUUCCAGAAUAAUAGGCGUAGAUAUUCAAUGUUAUAUUUGAAAAGUAAUUUCGUUUUGUCAGCGUUUUAUUUUACUUUUUCGUAUAUUAAUAUGUACAAUAAGCAAAUUUAUUCCAAUGCGUGUUAAUAAUGUACGAUAAAUAAUAGUACAUACAUAUUUUGAUAUAGCAUAUAAACGUAGUUCACAGUGUAACUGUACCGUAUCGUUACGAUCUUGGCAUAGAAACAUGUAACCAUUGCCAAAUUGAAAAAAUGUAAGUCGUAAGAGCCUAUUUUCCUUGAUCAAUAUUCUGUAGUUAUAAGACUUAAAUAUAGUCUAUAAUUAAUGUUUAGAUUUUCGGAAAACUGGUAUAUUAACAUUCUUAGCAGACAUUUUUAAAAUAAGACAGACUAUUUUUCUUAAUUAAUCCCAAUGCUGAUAAUUGUAAAUAAUUUUUACUUGCAUAUAUCUGUAUCUAAAUUUAAGUAGAGGUCGCACAAGGGGUAGAUAGCAAAAUAACAAAUUUAGUAUACAAGUUUAAUUGUUUAUUAGUUGAUUUUUACAGACUUAGAACUAUUUCACUUCUAUCGUU